CCUUCUGAGACUUAACUUGAAGACAACGUCACAGCACUGGCAGUUUCUGGAGUCACCCGAAGAGGCUGAACCUGCCCCAAGGCAAGAUGAUUCUGAUAGUGCUGCUCAGCCUUGGGGGGCCCCUGGGGGCCUGGGCCCAGAUCCCUGGUAUCAAGUUCUCUGAUCCCUACAGUUCCAGGCCACCUGGGGUCUGGAAGGCAGAGGCUGAGGACAUCAGCAGGGACCCUGCCAGACGGAAUUGGUGCCCCUACCAGAUGUCCAGGCUGGUCACCUUCGUAGCUGCUUGCAAAACAGAGAAAUUCCUGCUCCACUCGCAGCAGCCAUGUCCACAGGGGGCUCCAGACUGCCAGAAAGUCAAAGUCAUGUACCACAUGGCCCACAAGCCGGUGUAUCAGGUCAAGCAGAAGGUUCUGGCCUCCGUGGCCUGGAAGUGCUGCCCAGGCUUUGCGGGACCUGACUGCCAGGACCAAGAUCCCAUGGUGAUCCCUGAUCCUGAAGAUCCAGGUGAUAGCCUCCAGGAGCCUUGGGAUGGGCCAGUCGGCUUUGAACCUGGCCACCUGGCUGCAGAGUUCAGCAAUGUGGUAGAGCAGCAGGAACACCGGCUGGGAGAUCUCCAGAAUGACAUUGACCAGGUGGCAGACAGUCUCCCAGGCCUGUGGAAGGCCCUGGCAAGCAACCUCACAGUGGCAACUGAGGCAAAUCAGACGGAGCUUGAGUUUCCCGGCAGAUCCUUGGAGCAAGUGCUGCUGCCCCACAUCGACACCUUCCUGCAAGGACACUUUAGCCCCAUGUGGAGGAGCUUCAACCAAAGCCUGCACAGCCUUUCCCAGGCCAUAAGAAACUUAUCUCUUGAUGUAGAGGCCAACCGACAGGCCAUCAAGAGGGUCCAGGAGAGCGCUGUGGCCAGAGGUGACCUCCAGGAGCUUGGUGCCAAAUUUGAGACCAAGGUCCAGGAGAACGCCCAGAGGGUGGGCCAGCUGCGGCAGGAUGUGGAUGACCGCCUGAACGCCCAACACCUGUCCCUGCACCAGUCCCUCUCUGAGGUCCAGGCCGAUGUGGACAGCAAGCUGAAGAAGGCUCUCAAGGCCCAGGAGUCCCUGGGGGCCAACGGGAGCCUGGUCCUGGCAGCAGCAGGGGCAGCAGCAAGGCCGGAGCCAGAGAGCCUGCAGGCCAGGCUGGGCCAGCUGCAGAGGAAUCUCUCUGCAUUGCACGUGACCACAGCCCAUAGGGAAGAAGAGUUACAGAGCACCCUUGCUGACAUGAGGGCCACCCUGGCCCGGCACGUGGAUGAGAUCAAGGAGCUGUAUUCAGAAUCCGAUGACACCUUUGAUCAGAUCAGCAAGGUGGAGCGGCUGGUGGAGGAGCUGCAGGUGAACCACACUGCGCUGCGCGAGCUGCGGGUGAUCCUGAUGGAGAAGUCACUGAUCAUGGAGGAGAACAAGGAGGACAUGGAGCGGCAGCUCCUGGAGCUCAACCUCACCCUCCAGCACCUGCAGGGCGCCCACGCGGACCUCAUCAAGUACGUCAAGGACUGCAACUGCCAGAAGCUCUACUUUGACCUGGACGUCAUCAGGGAGGGCCAGCGGGACACCACGCGCGCCCUGGAGGAGACCCAGGUGAGCCUGGACGAGCGGCGCCAGCAGGACGGCUCCUCCUUGCAGGCUUUGAGCGGCAGGGUGGCCGCCCUGGCGCAGGCGGUGGAAGCGCACCAGGUGGAGGCCGAGCAGGCGCGGGCUGACGCGUCGCGGCUCCGGAGCAAGCUGCGCGCCCUGGGCGAUGAGGUGAGCACGUUGCGGGCCACGGAGGGUGAGUUCCGCCGCGAGAUCCGCCAGCUGCACAGCUCCUUUUCCGCCCUGCUGGAGGACGCGCUGCGGCACGAGGCCGUCUUGGCUGCCCUCUUCGGGGAGGAGGUGAUGGAGGAGAUGUCCGAAGAGGAGCCCGGUCCGCUACCCCUGCGCUAUGAGCAGAUCCGCGUCGCCCUGCAGGACGCGGCCAGCGGGCUGCAGGAGCAGUCGCUCGGCUGGGACGCGCUGGCCGCCCGGGUGGCAGCUCUGGAGCAGGCGUCGGGGGGCGGCGAGCAGGCCGAGCGCCUGGAGCCCAGCCGGGACGCGACUCCAGAGGAGGCCGGCGGGCAGAACUCUGCUGGGCUGGCUCAGGAGCUCCAGCGCCUGAGCUCCGACCUCGGGCGCGUGGGCCAGUGCUGUGAGGUCUCCCGGGCGUCCUCCUUCAACAGCUCCCUUGAGGACCUCCGCGGGGCGCUCUCCACCACUGAACACGGCUUGGAGCAGCACCAGCGCCUCUUCCACAGCCUCUUUGGAAACUUCGAGGGGCUUGUGGCAGCCAAUGUCAGCCUGGACUUGGGGAAGCUGCAGGCCAUGCUGAGCAGGAAAGGGAAGAAGCAGCAGAGAGGUCUGGAAGGUCCCAAGAGAAGGGACAGGAAGCAAGUGGAGCCUUUGGCGGAUACACAGGUCAAAGGGCCGGCACUGUGGUGGGCAGGUUCCCCUGUGGCCUUCUAUGCCAGCUUUUCAGAAGGAACGGCUGCCCUGCAGACAGUGAAGUUCAACACUACCUACUUCAACAUCGGCAGCAGCUACUUCCCUGAACACGGCUACUUCCGAGCCCCUGAGCGUGGGGUCUAUUUCUUUGCAGUGAGCAUUGAAUUUGGCCCAGGGCCAGGCACUGGGCAGCUGGUGUUUGGAGGUCACCAUCGGACCCCCGUCUAUACCACUGAGGAGCAGAGGGGUAGAAGCACUGCCACAACCUUUGCCAUGGCCGAGCUACAAAAGGGUGAGAGAGUGUGGUUUGAGCUAACCCAGGGAUCCAUAAUAAAGAGAAGCCCGCCUGGCAGUGCCUUUGGGGGCUUCUUGAUAUUCAAGACCUGAGCACCGCACACAGCUCUGACCAGACAUCCUGGACUCACCCAGCUCUCCUUGGCCUGGGGCUCAGGCCGGGGUUGGACUAGAGACCAUCCAGCUAGUCAGGCUCUUCCCUGGAAACCUUCCGCAAAGACAAUGUGGUAUUUGUGGCUUCCCUCUAGACACACUGGGUUUGGCUGUUUCCUAAUGAUGAGAAGGACUGCAGUGCUUCUCUGUGGGCAGAACCUGGCCCAGGGAUGUGUGAGCCAUGGCUCAGCCUGCCUUCUGCAGCCACAUGGCUUGGACUCCGGCUCUUGGCUACACCUUGUGUUCUACAGCUUCUUUGGUGUUUUGUUCCUCCUGUGGUUGGAAACAUUUGUACAACACUUUAAACCUUUCUCCUGCUUCUUCUCCCUCAUCUUAUGCUAGAAAAUCAUUCUUUCCCAGAAAGAAUUUAUUUAAAUGGAGGUGACAUUUUGGACUGUAUUGGACGCCAAUUUCCACCCCAGUGCAGGACAGUAAAAAAACAAUCUGUUUGGUGUCUAUCAGUCAAAAAUGGAGACAAGAGUACCCUGGUGGCACAGCAGGAUAAGGAGCCGGCAUUGUUACAACUGUGGCUUGGGUCGAUGCUAUCCUGGCCUAGGAAGUUCUGCAUCUUUAGGCGUGGCCAAAAAAAAAAAAGAUGGAGACAAAGACCCAUUUGAGUCAACCAAGGGAAACAAAAAAUUAGUAUCUUGUCUUUAGUUUCAGUCCUUCCUUGGAUUUACCUGUAACUCUAAUUUCACCUUUCUCCUCGCCUCACCAGGGUAAAGGCUAAGACAUGCCAAACACAAACUAACAUGUGUACAGCCGUCACGUUUUUUUUUUUUGCUUCCUCCAAUAGCUUAUGUCCACCCUAGUUCUUAGCAUUUUAACCAGGAAGGGAGCUGAGGAAAGGGAAGGGAGACUGUAGAAAAUACCCUUUAACAAUUAUCAAUUUUGGAAUAAAGUGAUGCCCUUCAGA